GUACGAAAUUGACUUCCUUACAUGUUCGGAAGAGGAUCUGUUUGAGAUUAAGAUGCCCAUACACCUCAAGCACGACAAACCCGCUACAAUCCACGGUAUCGCGUACUGGUUUGAUGUCAUAUUCGACGGCUCUCACAAACCCACAUGGCUGAGUACCGCCCCGUACUCUCCUCUUACGCAUUGGUAUCAG